AUGGCGGAGCGCAAGCCCGUCGUCAGGUCGUCGGACAUGGCCGAAGACCUCCAACAGGAUGCAAUCGCGACGGCGCAGCAGGCGCUGGACAAGUUCACGAUAGAAAAGGAUGUGGCGGCCUACAUCAAGAAGGAGUUUGACUCCAAGCACAACCCAACCUGGCACUGCAUCGUGGGCCGGAACUUUGGAUCCUAUGUUACCCACGAGACCAAGCACUUCAUUUACUUCUACUUGGGCCCUGUGGCUGUGCUGCUCUUCAAGAGCGGAUGA